GUGACGGCUUCUUCGAGGGCAGAGUCUGGAGAGGUAGAGGAUGAAAAGUUUCUUCGCGUCGUUGUUGUGCCGCCGUCCGCACUUUCUACCGCAACGUGGUCUUGGCGAGGUUACGGGAACAACCGUGUGCGCUUGAAUUUUACGCAGCCCAUUCCGGCAGCAGAAGUCGUCAAUUUGACAGCUAUGAAUGACGUUCUGCCUGACGGAUUUCUUCACAUCUACGAACCGCCGCCUGCGCCGCAGCCAGGGAUCAUGGAUUCCCUCGUGACUGCACAACAGGGAAAUACUUUUUACGCUGCUCCUAGUCGGGUACCAGAAGUACCUCCUGGAACAGUACCGGAAAGUCACAACGACUAUCAUUUCUCCAUGCAGAACUGUGAGAUCGACCCUGAUUUUGUUCUGCGCCGGCCAAUUCCGGAACCAGUGAUUUCUAAGGAGAAGAAAAAGACUAUUUUCUGGGGAAAACCAGCUGACGAGGAAGAUAAGGCGAAGCCUCGUGGAUCUGCUUCUGGAUCAUCUGCAACGGACAAAAGUAAUAUCGCUGAAGUAAAGAAGACGAAAGCUACCUUAAAACAAGUAGGAAAAGGAGUAGGGAAAGGAAAAACUACAACGUCGAAGUUUUCUUCGCAGAAGAUCGAUGGAGGGCUGAAAGGAAGAACGGAGAUUGCUUCCUUUUCCUCGUCAUUUUCUAGUUCGGGAGAACAUGACAUAGGUGAGAGGAUUCCCGAAGAACGCGAAAUUGGAGCCUUUUUGGAAACUCUACGGCCCCGAAUGUUUCUCGAAAUGGAUAUGGAGCCUCCCGGGUUCUCAAAAACGGCUGCGCGGUCGCGGCAACACUGGCGGCGAACGAACAUGCAAUCUUACCUUCACAACUUGCUGCUGCUCGUGCAGAAGUUCCUUUUCUUUUAUCGGAAGCGGGGGAAUAAUGAUCGAGGUGGGAGUAUAACGAGUGCUAAGGUAAAUAAGAGACCCAAAGUGUUCCGAAUUCUUUUGCAACAACAGGGGAAGUUCGACACUUCCGGAUGGCUCCACCAGAUGGGGUUGGUGAGCCAGGCCUUUCCCGAGGCAGCUUACACGAUUGCGCAAGCACUGCGCAGCCUCCCGCCCCAGAGGUACUUGUCGCUCCAGCGUUACUGGCCACCACAAAGGCGUUUUGAACUCCUGGACCCGACUGGGCAAGCGCAGUGUGCCUACGUCUUUCUGCGGCGGCCGUUGCAAUGGCUACCAGAGACCGUUUUAGGCGAUGUUUAUGCGCUUCGCACCGCGCUCGAUGCGAAGAUACGCGCGAUAAGCAAGCAAGAGGAGCGUGGCGACUGGUCGCCGGAAAUUUCAGUGUCUUGGCGGCACGACAUUGCCGCUGACAUUGCGGACAGCCUGCGCAUAGCUGCUCUAGUGGAGGAUCAGCUUAGACAGAUGGUCGCGCAGCAACACGCGCUCGCAGUGUCGGGGAAUAAAGCUGCUGCUUUGGGAGGCGGAUUGUCAGACUUCUCCAUAUCGUCGUCCCUGACAUCAGCGAUCCUGGAACAGAUAGCGGCAUCCUCGCGCGGAAAAGAUUCUGACGACGCACUUGGGAGAAACCACGACACGGCUCAUGAAUCCGCGAGGAAGAACCUCAGUUCCGCUGAGGAAGACAGCACCACCGAUUCGUCGUCAAACCCAAUAAAGAGUUUCUCGGCACUGCAACUUCUAAAAGAUGGGGACGCGCUGUCUUGGAUGCUGUCGCGCGUCUCGACAGGUUUUGCUGCGUUCACUUGGUGCGUCCGCGAGCGAAGGAUAGUGGAUCAGAACUGCGUUCAGCUUAUUUCGCUGCGCAAGUUGGCCAUGGCCAUUGCGGAUGCGACGCGUCGAGCGGGGCUGACCUGUGCCCGUUUGAACUUGCACUUCGGCAACGAGCUAGAUUCAGGCAAUAGUGUGGAAGCAGACAGCACGUUGCACCAAGUUCUUUAUGCGAGUGGCGGCACAGCCUUGUUCGAGCAAGCGCUGGAAGUUUUUGCGAAUUUUCCACUGGAUAUCUUUGACAAGACCACUGAUAUUCCUGUGAAGGAGCAAAGUGUACGAGGAGAGCGUUCUUCACGACAUUUUCAGGAAGAAGUCCGUUUUCACGUAUUCCAGAAGUCAACGCAUAGUUUUCAGAAAAACGAGGAGGGGUUCUUUCACAUGUGGCUGGCUGGUCGUUCUCCAUUGUUAAUCACGGAGGUUGGGACACAUUUUACGUCGCUUGUCGUAGAACAACGAUGGAGGGGAGUCGUCAUGCCCGAUGCUGCCGGAAGAUUCCGCGACAACUUACCGAUGAAGGAAAGCAGAGGCAGAAGUCAAGAGCCUCCACCAACGCAGGCAUUUGUAUCAGGAGCGCCAGAGUUGGUGACCGGCGACAUUGCUAUUUUGCGAGCAAACCACAGUGACAUUGUGACGCUGUACUGCGGAAUAGGUUCGCCUUGCGUGGAAGCGUGCGCUUCAAUGUUUCGGGCAAUGUGUCUCACUGAGGCUGUGGAUGCAGUGAGGCCACUCCCUGGAAACCCCGGUUAGAUAUCAAAGAAAUGGCUCUGUCCUAGUGCACUCAUCUUGCGCUCACUCUGUGUUGUACUUGCAUCCUAUCACCCUUUUCCUUGAUGCCUCUCACGCAGUUCUUCUUCUUGUUGCAAUCGCUUUAUUCCGUAUCAUAAUUACGUUUUUUUCUUGCAAGUUGCGAGGAGCUUUGAUUUGUUCACCGG